AUGAAAAAAUUGGACGGUAGUCCGCUUCAGCGCCCAUCAGUGAUUGUUGUUAUUUUCUUAAUGAUUGUUUACGUAUCUGAAACACACAGUCAGUAUAAUUUGUAAAUAUCGGAAAAGGUUUUUAACGCGUGUGUGCCACGUACUAUGGCUGUCGUGUUUACAUUUGUAUUGGUUGGAUUUGUAUUCGUUUAGGGCGAUUUACAAACCAAGAAUAAAGGCAUGGGUGGAUCACAUAGUGUUGAAAUACCAGGGGGUGGUACGGAAGGCUACCAUGUAUUGAGGGUGCAAGAUGGCUCCCCGGGUCAGGCAGCUGGACUGGAAGCCUUCUUUGAUUUCAUUGUUGCAAUUGGAAAUACAAGAUUAGACCAGGACAACGACACGCUGAAGGAGCUGCUGAAGGCCAGCCUGGACAAGCCCAUGAAGAUGACGGUGUACAGCAGCAAGACGCAGGCGGUGCGGGAGGUGACCAUCUCCCCGAGCACCUCGUGGGGCGGCCAGGGCCUGCUGGGCGUCAGCAUUCGCUUCUGCUCCUUCGAGGGCGCCAACGAGAACGUCUGGCACGUGCUCGAGGUGCACCCCUCGUCGCCGGCGGAGCUGGCCGGCCUCAGGCCGUUCACGGACUACAUCAUCGGCGCGGACUCUGUGCUGCACGAGAGCGAGGACCUCUUCAUGCUGAUCGAGGCGCACGAGUCUCGCCCGCUCAAGCUCUACGUGUACAACACCUCGGACGACACCUGCCGCGAGGUCUCCAUCACGCCCAACUCCCAGUGGGGAGGGGAGGGCAGCCUCGGGUGUGGUAUCGGGUUUGGCUACCUGCACCGCAUACCCAUCAGGGGGCACCCCGCGCCGUCAACCUCCGCGCCUCGCGGGACCGCCAAGACCCCCAUCCCCUCGCCACCUCGCCCCGCGGCGCCUACUGUCACGCCCUUGAAGCCGCAGCACUCUCCCGCGCCAGUGCCGGCCAGCACGCCCAGCACGGCUGUGAGCGAGCUGACGGCCGCGGUGUCGAGCAUGACGGUGGACCCGGCGGGGGCGGGAGGCGGUACCACGGCCCACCUCUUCACCCUGCCCCCCCGGAGCGGCGUGGAGACGGUGGCCCCCGCGAGCGGCGUCCUGCCGUCGGUGGCGAGCAUGGCUGCCACCCUCACCACCAAUGGGCCGGCACCCACCAUCCCGGGCAUGCCCCUGACGACGCCCAUCUCGCUCCCGGGCAUGCCGCCCAUCACGGUGAGCGCCUCGGUGCCCUACACCGCCCUCCAGGGAGUCCAGGGCUCCGAGGGGGCAGGGUCCCAGCCGGCCUACCAGGUGCCGGCGCCCCAGCAACAGCCCUACCAGCCCCAGCAGCAGGCUUACCAGCCCCAGCAACAGGCCUACCAGCCCCAGCAACAGGCCUACCAGCCCCAGCAACAGCCCUACCACUUCCCACAGCAGCCGUCCCAGCCGCCGUUCUACCAGGUGCCCGCGACCUCCGUCAGCAUACCCACUGCGCCCUUGCAGUAGCCUCUCGUCGCUGCGGUCACACCCGCGUUUCCACCGUGGGCUGCUCUGUCGCAGGGGGAAAUAGAAAGAUGUAUUUAUUAAUCACGCGAAAAAAGUUGUUUUGUUGGAAAAAAUAUAUGUACAUAUAUUUCGUUCAGCUGGAUCCCGACCAUCUUGGCUGGGGUUCGGCGAGGUUCGCGAACGAGGUGAGGUUCUUCUGUCUCCUGGGUCUCUGUACGGAGUCGUGUGUUUUCGAAGGAAGGGUUCGGUUGGUGCUACGGACUGGACGGAAACAAGCGCCGGUCGAAAAGGAUUUCUUCACGGUCCAAUCCGUUGCUCUGUUGGUUUAUAAUCCGGUGAGGUUUUCUCGCAACAAGAUUUUGGGCGAGACCUAUUUUUAAUGCUUUGUACAACUAGGUGUAUCAAAUAAUUAAAAUAAUAUUGUAAUAGUGCUUUCUGAUUUUUGGCAUGUAUUGUAUUAUCAAUUAUGAUUGAAUGUAACAACUCGUAGCAUUUUAGUUAACCUAAUUCAGUUUUCUGUAUUGUAGCUUUGCGCUAUACUGCAAACUUUAGUUCUAAGAGAGUUUGUGGUGUGAAUAGCUGUGUCGUUGCUACCUACCAAACAGCCUUUUUUUUCCAUCCCACAAUUGCACCUAUAAUAUCAUUUUUCACUGUGUGUUUAUGUAUGACAACAUAGUAGCAUUGUAUCAUAUUUUUGAGGCCUACUUACCAUUCAAGGUACCAAUAUUUUCUACUUUGUAUGAAUAUAGGUUUAAGAAUGGUGUAGGCCUAAUUCAUUUAAAGUAGAUUUGUGCAAAUUUUUUAACGAUAUUAUCUUAGAGAACUUUUGUGAAUAUCAAACAAUUGAAAAGAACUUUUAUGAAAGAAAACAAAGAUAAAAAUUCUAAUUAAAACUUGGUUAAAGUUCACCUCUAAAUGAAAAUAUUAGUUAGAAUUGUGGAAAGUAAUUUUUUUUUGUGAAAUAUGAAAUGAAAAUAUAUAAAUUGAAAAUUGAUCAAGCACCUACAGAAGGAAAAAAGAAACGUAAUUGCAAAGUAAAUAGCAUUAUCAUUUGUGAUACAACAUUUGAGUAAAAAUUUAAAAAAAAUUAGAUAAUUUUUCGUAAGACAUGUGAGGUUGGCUCCUUUUGUAAUUAAUUUUGAAGUUAUUUGAGCGGUGAGCUAUCCUAACAUGGUAGUUUAUCCUUUUAGUUUUUAAUCUUAAAAUAUAAGUCGCUUCAUGGCCAUUUCUGUCUCACACUUAAAGGUGUACUAUGAUUGAGAAUGCCUUCUCAUAAAUUUAAGUUUUAAUUUAAUGAAUUUUGAUGUACAUUCGAGGUACAGUAAAGAUGUUUGAAAACAUGCCUUGCCGGGUUAUCGAACGUCAAUAUACUUUCUACAGAAAUACCAAAGAAAAAAUUAAUGUAUGGUACAGUGAUGUUUAAAACAAGUUUCAUUAAGCUGCUUUAAGAACGAACACAGAGCGAUCUAAAGUCGCGGGCAGCACAAGGGGGACAUCUGACACUUAAGGUCAACAAAUCCUCUGGGAAAAAUUCCAAAUGUGAGCGGCUGGAUUGGUGCCAGAUAACGGUGCGUGUCGAAGUGAAGAAUUCUGGAUCCUGUGCAACUGAACGCAUUAAGGUGGGUGUACAUUUGUGAGCCGAAUCGUUCGCAAGGCGUUCAUUGAAAUCAUUUUCACAACAUACUUCCAGCAAUCCAUAGGCAAGGUAUGAAACAACCGUGAACCAUCAGUAGUCAUUUGUCAGCCAACGAUUUGUGUACUAAAAUCAUGACUUCAUGUGAGGAAGAUAAUUAUGUGGUUUUGGUCUCGGCACCUUUUCCCUUCCAAGCAACUUCUUAAAAUGUUUUUUUUUUCCUUAAUUGGUCCUAUUGUUUAGGACCUUAAAGUAAAUAAACUGUUUCAGUGAAUUUUCAUUUGACUUCAUUUUAAUGUAUUUUCUCUCUCUUACAGGUGUAUAAUUGUAUAUUACUCCACAUAUCCACAUCUAUGAGUACACUUUUGAUAUUUAUAUGAAUCAACACCUUUUAAUUACUAUGUUGAUUGAGUGAGAAUUAAAAUCAUAAACAACAUUAAGCACAUUAGAUAUAGUAGCACCUUAAAUAAGGUUAAUAUGAUAGGAAACUACUAAUAGUGUAUUCUUGUUGUAUUGAUUAUGAAACAGUAUGAGUUUUCAUGCACAAGUAUUACCAUUUACGGAUAACAAUGCGUCGGUUACUUAUCCAACCAAAAUCUUACUCUAGGUGGACAUGAUGCUUCCAAUAGAGACACUGACAUAUCAGGAAUAAAUAUCUGGCCCCCUAGCUAUGCUGUCUAAAGAAACAUAAAUAUGGACAAUUAAUUGCUUAUUUAUAAUUUUUAUCUGAUUCCCGAUAAAUAUAAGUUAUUUCAUUAUCCUUUCAAUGAAAUUUGUGUACAAUUUACUUCAACAUACAUCACAGUCAUGACUAUUUUAUAAUUCUCUAUCUAAACAUCAAGAUUACCUUUUGGGCAUAUUCCUCGUUAUUUCAGGCACAAAAUAAAUAGUGAAUAUCUUAUUAAAUACAUCCCAACGUUAUUACGAGCAGAUGAAACUGAUGUUGCUAGUGAUACUCGUUACUAAAGUACAACUGGCUAGAUUUGUAGAAGUUAAAAUUUAAACAUUUUCUUCCAAGCUUUCUUAGUUUUACAAAGGGCACAAUCAAAAGCCACUAAAUCCUCUAUUUCUGUCUGUAGUAACACACUUUUUGGAUAGUCUGCCAAAGAGCAAAACAUUAGGCUUCUGAGACACUUGUAAAUUAAACUAAUCCUUGGUAUAGAGAAACAAAAUAAUUUUAUACUUCAGCAAGAGUUGUGUUCUUACACCAUGGUCAAAUAAACAACUGUGGGACAAAAUAAAUACGUGAAGGUCAAACAAAUGAAGCCUGGCUGUUCACGAGCAGAAAGAAAACUAAGGAACUGCAUACCACGCUGUCCCAAUGUGUUCUUCAGGAAAUCAGACGGGAGGCGAUUAGCGAGUGUUCAUUAGGCACUCAAAUCCUCGUACCAACCAUAAGAACUAGCACCUCGCGAACUAUUCGGCUCGCCAGUGUAUACGCAACUUUAGAUGCGUAACAUUAAUAAAAUUAAAUUUUUAGUUUGAUUACUUUUUCAUUAUAUUAAAGAAAAAUAAGGCACUUAAACUAGCAUGGUAUUUUCAUACUAACCAAACAAAACAUUUGUUAGGAACUUUAAUACUUUUAUAACUUGAAAAUUUUUGUUUUAUAAACAUUAAUUAAAAAAAUUUCUUAUCCAAAUUGAAAAUGAAUGUUCAGUAUGUUUUCGUUAUUGCUGGAUAUUUGCACAACCCUAAGUUGUUCAACUGGAGGAUAUUACAGCAAGGUUAUGCUGAACGUUGUAAAUAAAAAGCAGGUAGAGAAGUUUGAAGAGAGGGAGUAAUUGGGAAGGGAACUGGGGAGCACCAGUCAUGAAUGGUAAAGGGCUAAUUAGAAUUGUCAUUGUAGUGUGAUUAUGAUCAGAAGAACACUUUCUAAAGCUGUACUUUUAGGCUGCCGACUUCCUGAUCUUGUACUACACACAAGCUUUGUUGUGAUUUCUGUCAAAAUAUAUUAUUUUAUUCAUGGAGAAAAGUUUAAUUUACUGUAUCAAACCUGCUGAAGGUUCCUAAUGUUACUGAUAUUGAGUCUGCUAAUAAAGUGUAUGAAUGUAAUAAUGCUGAAAAUGAAAACAA